AUGAUGGAAUGCAAGAGGAUAGGUUUUGCCAUAUGUCUCUCAUCCCUCUUCUCAUUCUCCACCUCCUCAAGCCUUGACAAUGCUGGGAUUGGCGUUUACUGGGGCCAAGACAUUCGCGAAGGCAAGUUGAACACCACGUGCGACACUGGAAAUUAUGCGAUUGUGCUCUUAGCUUACCUCCGCCAAUUCGGCGAUGGCAGAAACCCGUUUUGGGACUUCAUCGGCCACGACGACGGUGUGGUAGCGUCCCAGAUAAAACACUGCCAGGCCAAAGGCGUCAAAGUGUUCCUAUCCAUCGGAGGACCCAUCACGUUUUACGAGUACUCCCUCAACUCCACCGAGGAUGCAAAGCGCUUCGCCAACUACCUCUACACCAGCUUUCUCAGUGGCCGAUUUGGUCCAAUCGGAAGAGUGGAGUUGGACGGCAUAGAGUUCCACAUCAGAGCCACAGAGGAUCACUGGGAUGACCUUGUCAAAGAACUCGACUUUUUCCGACGCACCAAAGGCCGAUACUUUCACUUGGUUGCUGCCCCUCGGUGUCAAAUCCCAGUUCACAAUCUUGGGAAAGCCAUCGCAACCAAACUUUUCGACCACAUCUUCGUUCAGUUCUACAACGACCCCUCUUGUGAAUACAACAUUGAGGACGGCACCAAGCCCUUGUUGGACUCGUGGGACAACUGGGUCAACUUGGUCGCGUCUAAUAACUCGCUGUUCCUGGCCCUGCCAGCGGACUCAAGUGAAGAAGAAAGUGGUUUCGUGGAACCGGAUGUGGUGAAUCUUGAGGUGCUUCCGCAUGUGAAGAAAGCCACCAACUAUGGAGGGGUGAUUCUGUACAACAGAUAUCGUGAUAUUAUAAGGAAUUUCAGCGGCGAGAUACUGCCCAAUGUGCCCAAAUCCUCUUUCUUCUUGAACACAAUGGGUCCUGUCUUUCCCUAUUUUGGGUAA